AUGCCGGUGGUGGACAUCGUCGGCCUGCCCGGCGGCGCGGUGCGCGAAGCGCGUGACCGCAUCCGCGUCGCCAUCCGCAACAGCGGGCUGUCGUUUCCCGACGACCGCAUCCUGAUCAACCUGUCACCGGCCGCGGUUCCCAAGAGGGGCUCCGCGUUCGAUCUGCCGCUGGCGCUGGGCGUGAUCGCCGCCUCCGGUCAGGUCCCCUGGGACGAUGAAGUGGGGAUCAUGGUGCUCGGCGAGCUGACGCUGCGCGGUGACGUCCGUCCGGUGCACGGCGCGCUGGCGGCGGUCAGCACCGGGUUGGAGCACGGCAUCGACCGCUUCGUGGUGCCGCGAAGCAACCUGGCGGAGGCGCAGGCGCUCGGCCGGGGAUCGAUCGUCGGCGUCGAUUCGCUCACCGAAGCGGUCAAGACACUCCGCGAGGUGCGCCCGGAGACGUGGCCGGUGCGGAGCGGCGCUGCAGCCGAUGUGGCGGUCGGGGACUUCGCCGACCUCCGCGGCCAGGACCGGCUGAAGCGGGCGCUCCAGAUCGCCGCCGCGGGCCGCCACCACGCGUUGCUGUUCGGACCCCCGGGCAGCGGCAAGACCAUGGCGGCGCGGCGCAUGCCGGGGAUCCUGCCGCCGCUCAGUGGCAGGCAGGCGCUGGAGGUUACCCGCGUGCACUCGGUGGCCGGCACCCUGGGCGCGGGCGCGUCGCUGAUCGCGCGGCCGCCGUUCCGGAUGCCGCACCACAGCGCAUCGCUCGAAGGGCUGAUCGGCGGCGGCCGCAUGCAGCGCCCGGGCGAGGUGUCGCUGGCGCAUGGCGGCGUGCUGUUUCUCGACGAGACGCCGGAGUUCCGCACGGCGUUGCUGCAGGCGCUGCGCGAGCCGCUGGAGUCGCGGGAGGUGACGGUGGUGCGGGCCGGCUACUCGGUGCGCUAUCCGGCCGGCUUCCAGCUCAUCUGCGCGGCCAACCCCUGCCCGUGCGGGAACCUGGGCCGGGACGCGGCGGUCUGCCUGUGCUCGCCCGCCGACGUGCACCGCUACUGGCGGCGGCUCGGCGGGGCGCUGCUGGACCGGAUCGACGUGCGCGUGCCGGUGUCGCCGCCGCGCUCGGAAGACCUGCAGGCGCCGGCUUCGGAAGGCAGCGCCCGGAUCGCGUCACGCGUCGCGGAGGCGGUGGAGCGCCAGCGGCACCGCUAUCGCGCCAUGGGCUGGGAGCGUAACGCCGAGCUGCCGGCCGGGGCGGUGGAGAUCCACUGUCCGCUGGACACGGCCGGCCGCACGGCGCUGCGCGAAGCGGUGGACAAGCUCGGCCUGUCCGCGCGCGCCUAUCACUCGAUCGCGCGCGUGGCACGCACGAUCGCCGACCUGGAGCGCUCGGACGGCGUCACGGUCGACCACCUGCUGGAGGCGGUCCACACCGCCGCUACGGCGACGGCGACCUGUGCUGGAUCACGCUGUGAGAGCCACGGUCUGCCUGAAGCGCGCUUGGAGUGGCUGAGGCGGAACCCCCUCCAUCGUCUGACGCCGGGCAGGCUCCCCCUACGUUGCUGUAGUUCGUGGGUGCGGUGGACUUGA